AUGUUGUUUCCAUUGUCAAAACAGUAUGAUAUACCACAAUCAACUAUUGAUUCACAGUAUGAUACAACAGGUUAUUCAUCAUCGUCAUAUAUGACUAACUGGGGACAAUCCACAGCUGAAUCGGACUUUUAUGCUGGUCAUAAUAGUGAUUCAGCUACUAAUCCAUCAUCUCGUCAAUAUCAAUUACGUCGGCACCGUAGUAAUUAUUUAAAUGAUUCACUUUCAGAUACUCCCAAUGCUCAAUAUUUUCGACCACGACAACAACAACAUCAACAGCAAGAACCAAUGCAUUCAACAAAUAGUCCACGAAGACCUACAAUAAAUUUUCUUUUACCGUAA